UUUUCGUAUAAAUAACGCGUGUUCUUCCGUUACAAACAUUGUCGAGUUUGUACACAAACAGUAAACAUGUACAAGAUUGUUUUUGUCUGCGCUCUGGCGCUUACGGUCCAGUCCAUUGCUGGAGCAUGCCUUGGAGCUGGAUUGGGUUAUGGCCUCGCUGAGCCUUUCGGUUACGCCGGCACUCUCGGUGCUCCUUGCGGAGCGUACGGUGGUUACGGUGCCUACGGUGGCUAUGGACUUGGUGCCGUCAGUGCUUCCUACGGAGGAGGUCUCGCAGUAACCAGUGCUUCUGAUUAUCCUACUGGAGUAUCUGUUCUCUCUGAAAACUUCAUCGAAGGACCUUUAGCUGUAGCCGGUGCUCUGCCAUUCUUGGGCACUGUGGGUCUUGAAGGUAUCCUGCCAACCGCUGGUGCUGGUGUUGUCUCAUACGGCUGUGGCAACGGAGAGGUCGCCAUCUUGGCUGAGGAUGUUGCUCCUCUUGGUCUCGGUUACGGUGGACUCGGAUACGCUGGACUUGGCUACGAUGGAAUUGGCUAUGGUGGAUUCGGCUACGGUGGUCUCGGCUGUGGUGGUCUCGGCUACGAUGGACUCGGCUACGGUGGUCUCGGCUACGGUGGUCUCGGCUACGGUGGUCUCGGCUGUGGUGGUCUCGGCUACGAUGGACUCGGCUACGGUGGUCUCGGCUACGGUGGUCUCGGCUACGGUGGUCUCGGCUACGGUGGUUACGGCUAUGGCAUCGGUGGUUGUGGAUGCGGUGGCUGCCUCUAAAUUGAAUCCACUUGAGCAACUGAUUAUGGCAUUUGAAAAAGUCAACAAGUAACCUUCCCCUGUUUUCCUCAACAAAAUUUUAUAAUACAAUACGAUUUCGGUUUCAUGCUUAUAAUAGCCAACAUAUACAUUUCCAAAAUGUGCGUUAAAUUUUAUCUAACUCGGGAGUUUAUCAGAGAUUAUAUUUCGAUAAAAAAAAAAACUGUUCUUUUAA